AGGGAGGGAGCAGAGACAGCAGAGCAACUGGUUCAUUUGCGAGCGACAUUCUCUCCACACAGUCAGACCGGGGAGGCAAUCUGGAGAAAACUCUGACGGAUUUUUUCUUACAUAGACAAUUUCUUCCUCUUCCUUGGUGUUGAGGCUUUGACUGUUUCUCUAAGGAAACAAAGAACCCUGAAGGGGGAUUUUUCUGCUCUCAUGUGAAGUUUAGGUAAUCUUAAAGCCAAAAAAGGAAAAUGUGCCUGAGAGGAAGACGGGAUUAGGGGACAGAGACUACACUGGAUUCACACCCACUGUUGUUUUCUUUUGCCGAGUUCCAAGCUUCAGGGGCUAACGAGCGCUACUCCGAGGCACCGUCGCAGCGCUCCCAACCUCCGUUACCACGCGGCCGCCGGCCGGACCGGGACCCCCGCCGCCGGCUGACCGCGCCCGCCAGGAUGUUCCUGAACUUCCGCCGGCUCCGCAGGUACCAGUGCAUGCAGCUCAUGACCACCUGCCUGGUGCUGUCGGUGGUGAUGGUCUGCUGGGAGCAACUGGACAACGGCGUGGUCAACCACUUCAAGUCCACCUCCUACCGCUACCUGGUCAACAGCUUCAGCUACAUCAACCGGAGCCUCACCGUCCCGCGGGAGGAAGCCCGGCGCUUCAGCGACUUCCCCUACCUGCUGGACCACCCGGACAAGUGCGCCGGCCAGGACGUCUUCCUGCUCCUCUUCGUCAAGUCGCGGCCGGAGAACGUGGGCCGCCGCGCCGCCAUCCGCGCCACCUGGGGCAACGAGAGCUACAUCCAGAGCGCCCUCGGGGUGACGGUGAAGGUGGCGUUCGCCCUGGGCGCCACGGAGGCUCCCCGGCGGGGCCGGUCGGGCCCCCAGGAGCGGCUGGCGGCGGAGGACCGUCUCCACGGCGACCUGAUCCAGAAGGACUUCCUGGACUCCUUCCACAACCUGACCCUGAAGCUGAUCAUGCAGCUCCACUGGGUGCACCACCGCUGCCGCCACGCCCGCUUCUUCAUGACGGCCGACGACGACAUCUUCGUGCACACGCCCAACCUGGUGGGCUACCUGCAGGAGGCGCGGCGGCGCGGCGCCGCCGACCUGUGGAUCGGCCGCGUGUACAAGGGGGCGCCGCCCAUCCGCAGCCGGGACAGCAAGUACUUUGUGCCGUGGGAGAUGUACCAGUGGUACGCCUACCCGGACUACACGGCCGGGGCCGGCUACGUGGUCUCCGGCGAGGUGGCCGACAAGGCCUACCACGCCUCGCUGACCCUGAACGCCUCGCUGUACAUCGACGACGUGUUCAUGGGCCUCUGCGCCAACGCCGUGGGCCUGUCGCCGCAGGACCACGCCUUCUUCUCCGGGGACGGCCGGACGCCGUACCACCGCUGCGUCUACGAGCGCAUGAUGACCUCGCACGGCCACGUGGAGGACCUCCAGGAGCUGUGGGCGGCGGCCACGCACCCCCAGGUGAGGCGGGCCGCCUCGGGCCCGCUGGGGAGGCUGUACUGCGCCGCCGUCAGGGUGGCGCUCCUCUGCAGGCCCUCCGCCACCUACCCCUGCAAAGCGGCGUUUUCGUAG